CUCAGGCGUAUAUUCACCUUGGAUCCUUUUAGAGAACGUCCACUAUGGCGAACGGCGCGUCGUGCAUCGCGUUCGGACUGGAAGGCUAUGAAAGCCUCGUGUUGUGGUCCUCCUAGGAUCCAGAUCCAAACUCCGCGGUCAGCAUAUAUUCAAUCCCGCCCAGAUUGCGCCUUUCCAUUGAUGCACGGUGAUUGGUCGAGCAACGUUUUACGUCAUCCUCAAUGGCGGGAGGACAAACCAUUUCAUCCGGUACACAACGGAAGGAUGUGGUGAUUUACCAGGCCCAUGUUAUAGAUACUGCUUUGGGCGUGCUGGCUGGUUUGGUGAUAUUUUUGUCGCUGUUGAAGACAAUCAGUUGGAAGAGGAGGUCCGAUUCAGCGACCAUCGAUUUGAAGAUUAUAUUGACUUUUGUGUUUUUCUACGCUGGAGAUGUGGCCAAUGUUUUUUUUCUUGUUACCUUAGCAACUGGACUCUACUGGCUUAUGCUUUGCAAGGCCCAACAGCAAGUGGAUAUGGAACUGCCGCUUCCUCAUCAGGAAAAACAUUUUGCCACGUACAUUAUUUGCGCUUUUGUGCUCAAGGCGAUGCAGUUCCUCCACAAGCUGAUCAUGCAGUUAUCUGUGGAUGUUUUUUUCAUUGACUGGGAGAAGCCUCGAACCACAGCCACCCGGACGGUCACAGCCAGAGGUCAACAGAAACAGGAUCUUACACCUGUUAGCAUUUGGAGGACCUAUUUUGUGGCUAAUGAGUGGAACAAGAUUCAGACCAUCCGCAGGACCAGGCCGACCUUUCAAAUCAUGGCUGUGCUUUUCUUUAUUGAAGUGUUGGGUUUCUCUGAAUACACAUUCAAGGAGCCCCAGACGCUUUUGAAGGAUUCCUCACAGAUGGACAACAAACCUUCUUACAGCACAAUUCUGCGCUAUGGUCUGGCAUCGACACUCUGGCUCUGCAUUGGGUUUCUCCAGGUCAUAUUCACUGUCUUUUACGAGAUUUGCGUAACUGACAAAAUUCGUCAGUUUCCGGAUCUCUGCUCAAUCAGCAAUAUUUCAGUGCUGCUCUUACCGCAGCGAUGUUAUGGCUACUACAUCCACGGACGCUCCGUGCACGGUCACGCUGACACCAACAUGGAGGAAAUGAGUCAAAAUCUCAGGAGAGAAGCCGAGUCACUGUGUGGCCAAAGAGGUCUUCUACCCAACACGGACAUGCAAACUUUCCAGGUGGCUCUUUCCACACGGCUGCGCUCACAGUACGACAAGAUACGCGAGUCCUUUGCCAGGAGAUACGGACCAACACGGCUCAUGGAAGCCCACUCAGCCAACCAGUGGGAGCAAAACAUUCGGGCUUACCACACCAUGAACCACUUCCUUGGAUCAAUCAUCGAUCAUGCCCACCCUGACAUGGAUUAUUAUGUGAGGGACAAACUGGCAUUGGAGCGUCUCAUGGGCAUGGAGUUCCUCGAGCCAAUUGAGAAGAGCAUUUUUUAUAAUGAUGAAGCCCACAGUUUCAGCGAUGUGCUUUUUCAUGGACACGAAAGCACAUUGCUGCUUUUUGAUGCGUUGUUCUUCUGCGUUGCUGACCUUGCAUGUCAGAACUUUGUACUCGCAGGACUGCUGACAUACAUCCAGCAAAAGAUAUUCCGAAAGAUUCGGAUUCAUUUUGGAAAGAAGAACCUUGCCUACAAGACGCAAGUGGAUGAGCGAUUUCUGAUAGCAGACAAAAAGGUACGCCUGACCUCCAGACGCAAGGUGGCGCUAGUGCUCCAAUGGCCCGAUGCUAGCCGCAAACGAAAAAGACACACCAUGGCGACCGGGACGCUGCUUUUUAUUAUGAGCAGCUACAAAAUUAUUUUUACAUUGUUUUUUGUGCAUUUAAAUCCCGUUUUAUGCCAACAGUAUAUAAUUCCUUUUCAAUCUCCGUCAGACUGCAGUGUGGAAGAAUACUUCGAUAUCUCCAGUUUGUCGUGUGUUAGCUGUGGUGAAAAUCAACAACGCAGCGCAACAGGGCUGAGUUGCGUUUGCCAAAAUGGAUUCCGAACAGUCACGACUGACCUGACCUCCAUUGCUUGUGAGGCCUGUCCAGAAGAAAAGCCUGCAGUAACUCAAGAUGGUUUUGAGUGCAUUCGUUGCCCAGGUAGUACUACUGAUGAGGGCCGGUGCCAGUGCCCUCCAAGACAUAUCCUCGUGGAGAGGGAUGUCAGUGGAAACCUUUUGGAUGAAGCCACAUGCGAGAUAUGUAAUGGAAAUGGAUCCGCUUUCUCAGUGCCCAACAGCAACGGAGACCGGUGCGAGAGAUGUCAGGCUUCCUUCAUCAAAAGCUCCUGUGUGUGUAACCCUCCCUCUUUGCUGGCAGGUGGGUUGUGUAUCCCACCAGGAAGUCUUUCCACUAAUGUCAAUCCCAGUGUCAACUUUGCUCAGUUGAAGUUCAGCAUGGUGUCUGCCUGGUUCCUCAAGAACCUCUACUCAUCCGCAGCAGCCUGCCUUAGCUUCUCCAACCUGACAGCGUGCCAAGCCCUGGGCAACAUGUGUGUGAUGAACAUGCACUCCUUCAGCGGCGUGAGCGUGGAUGCUUGCGGCAUCUUUAACACCGUCUUCAGAUCACAGGCCGCUUUUAGCUCCACUCAAGACAUCUCCUACUGGAGACAUAAUCUACCAUGGCUUUACUACGGCGAUGAACCGGGAUUGGCGAGUCGAGUGCUUCAGAGCGAUCCCGUCCCGGUUAGCUUCGUUUUCAGAGGAAAAGACAAGAACACGGACAUUAAGCUGCUCGCUGCCGUUUAUAACGUCAGAGGCGAGUUCUUUCGAUGGGAAACUAUCGGGGGAGCCAAUCUUCAGAUUUGUCCAGAAACACCCAUCAAACGAACGUCAGCUUUCAGUUUCGGCACCGCUUACCAAGAAAACUGUGAUCUUUCAAUCGCAGACCUGCUCCGUGCUCAUCCCGAGCCGCUUUUUUAUGAUGUCUUCCUGGAUCUCGGCGGAGAGGAGAGCAGAGAACUUCUCCCUUUGCCCACGUUGGUUCUGAACCAGCAAUAUAAUGGAAAGUUCAUCAACCAAGAAAGCAUGACCAACUGGUACCUGUCGCGGCGUAUCUUUCUCGUCGACGCGUUGAGCGGCCGAGAAAAAAGCGCAAAGGACUUUCCUAAAGUCAUCCGUGUCGCCAACGCUGUGAAAAUAAGGUUCAACUUGGUUCCGGGCACACAACAGGGUCAGGUGUUCCCCCCACUGAUGACGGUGGAGUACAAAGAUGUCCUGGUCGCUGACAUCAACACACAAACUGUGUCUAUGAGCUUUUCUGUGGAGUAUGAGAUGGAUCAGAAUGAGGCUCGCUUGAAGACAGAUACUGCUCUGGGUGUGCUGGCUGGUCUGGCCGUGCUCUUGUCAGUGCUCAAAACAGUCAGCUGGAAGAGGAGGAUCGCCUCACCCGUGGUCGACUUAAGGACCAUGCUGAUGUUUUUCUUGUUUUACGCUGGAGAUCUGGCCAAUGUUUUUCUCGCCGUCACUGUGGGAACUGGACUUUACUGGCUCAUCCUUUACAAGGCCCAACAGAAUGCCUCAGUCAUAUUGCCGCUUUCUCAUCAAGAGGAGCAGUUUGUGACCUACAUCUGUUGCGCCUUUGCUCUCAAGGCAGUGCAGUUCCUCCACAAGCUGAUUGUGCAGUUAUCUUUGGACGUCUUCUUCAUUGACUGGGAAAGGCCACGCAUUAAAACAAACAGAAACGUGCCAGCCAACGGUCAGCAGAAACGUGAUCCCUCUCCCGUCAGCAUUUGGAGGACCUACUUUGUGGCCAACGAGUGGAACGAGAUCCAGACCAUCCGUAAAAUUCGCCCAACUUUUCAGAUCAUGGCUGUGCUCUUCUUCCUCGAAGUGUUAGGGUUCUCCAGCUUAGCACUGAGAGACCCCUGGCCAACCCUACAGCGCCCCCCACAGGUGUAUACGCCUUCAUGCAGCCUGAUUAUGCGCUAUGGUUUGUCGGCAACACUCUGGCUCUGCGUUGGAUUUCUUCAGGUGAUUUUCUUCACUGUAUUUUAUGAGCAUUUUGUGGAAGACAAAAUUCGCCAGUUUGUGGAUCUCUGCUCCAUCAGUAAUAUUUCCGUGCUGCUUUUACCUCAGCGCUGUUUUGGCUACUACAUCCAUGGGCGAUCUGUUCACGGCCACGCUGAUACAAACAUGGAAGAAAUGAACAACAACCUGAGGAGAGAAGCCGAGUCACUGUGCGGCCAAAGAGGUCUUCUUCCCAAUACGGACAUGCAGACCUUCCAAGUGGCCCUCUCCGGCCGGUUGCGCUCACAUUACGACAGGAUACGCGACUCCUUCACCAGGCGACACGGACCAUCGAGACUCAUGGACCCGGCCUCUUUCAACCAGUCAGACCAAAACAUUCGGGCCUACCAAACCAUGAACCACUUCUUGGGAUCUGUCAUAGAUCAUGCUCACCCUGACAUGGACUACAUUGUGAGGGACAAACUGGCAUUGGAGAGAGUCAUGGGCAUGGAGUUCCUUGAACCGAAUGAUAAGAGCAUCUUUUAUAAUGAUGAAGGUCACUCCUUUGCUGAUGUACUCUUUUAUGGAAACGAGGGCACUCUGCUGAUUUUCGACAUGCUGUUCUUCUGCGUCGUCGACCUCGCCUCUCAGAACUUUGUGCUUGCUGCCGUCCUUACGUACUUACAGCAAAUGAUCUUUGAAAGGAUUCGCAAUUCGUUUGGAAGGAGGAACCUGGUCAACAAAACUUUAGUGGAUGAUAGAUUUUUGAUAUGAUCAUUUAAAGUGGCCGUGUUGUAAAACGGUAAAUUAUGUUAGGUGUUUGUUGUUUUUUACAUAUCUGUUCCCUGUUUUGUAUAUAUUUGUCUUGUAAAUGUAUUUUUUUUAGAUUAAAACAUUUUAUAUUAAUUUCAA